AUGAGAGCAAAGCAAGCCCAAAUCAAACAGGAAGAAGUGCAUCCAAUUCUGUCACCCACCCAUCCAUUCUACAUGGUAGGGUGCAAUACUAUUGGCCCUGUGAUACAGUCCAAGAAGGGAAACCGGUAUAUUCUAGUGACAGUUGACUAUCUGACCUGUUGGCCAGCGAUGGUAGCUGUACCCAACAUCAAUGAGAAGACGACUGCCAACUUCUUGUUCCAAUGCCUAGUCAAGGAUUUUGCUGAUAGGGUGCUGGCAUUCAACCACAACAGUGUAUUGUCUACAGACUGUGGUCUCCAAGACGACUGGGACCAGCACUUGGACAUCACCAUGUUAGCCAUCCAGAUCAUACCCAACAAAGCAAUCUGCUACAGCCCCUCUAUGCUUCUGUAUGGCUACAAGAUGCGGACACCGCAACUGUGGCCAGCUCCUGCCCAGGAUUUCUAG